AUGACAACCUUCACUGAUUCUUUGCUGAGAUUAAGAGGUGCCUUUGUGAGUGGAAAGAGCCAACCCGUGGAUUUUAGGAUCAAUCAAUUAAACGCCCUGAUCCAGUUGCUGGAGGAGAAUGAAGUUGCGCUCCUCAGUGUGCUUUACCAAGACCUCCACAAGUGCAAGUUUGAGGCGAUGAUUGCUGAGAUUGAUUUUGUCAAAAAUGAAGCGAUUUACACACUGAACAACAUCAGGAGCUGGAUGGAACCUGAGAUAGUGGAGAAAACAUAUAUAACCAGGAUGGACCAGUGUUUUAUCCAGAAGGAGCCGUUCGGACUGGUGCUGAUCAUUGCUGCCUGGAGUCACCCUAUCCAACUUCUGCUGAUGCCUCUGAUUGGAGCUAUUGCAGCAGGGAACUGUGUUGUUUUGAAGCCAUCAGAAGUGAGUGUGCAAACAACAGCCCUGCUCAGUAAACUCAUCCCCAAGUACUUGGACAAGGAGUGUUUUGCUGUUUUCAAUGGUGGACCAGUUGAGACCAGGAAACUUCUGCAAUUCAAGUUUGAUUACAUCUUCUACACAGGGAACAGCAUUGUCGGAAAACUCAUCAUGAAGGCUGCAGCUGAGCAUCUGACCCCCGUCACCCUGGAACUGGGAGGCAAGAAUCCCUGUUAUAUUGACCAGAGCUUUCACCUGGAGAGCACCGCUCAGCGACUGGCUUGGGGCUGCUUCUUUAACGUCGGACAGUGCUGCGUCUCCCCAGAUUACCUUCUGUGCUCCAGGGAGGUGCAGGAUCAACUGAUCCCGGCCAUCGGCCAGUGCCUGGAGAGGUUCUACGGCAAAGACCCGAGGGAGAGCCCCGACUAUGGCCGAAUAGGCAGCGAUGAUCACUUCAAACAACUUCAACAGCUGCUCACCUCGGGACGGAUAGUGAUCGGAGGGGAGAGUGACAGCCAAGACAGGUACAUCGCACCGACAGUCCUGGUAGAUGUUCAAGAAUCAGAUCCGGUGAUGCAAAAGGAGAUUUUUGGUCCAAUUCUGCCAAUCAUUAACGUCAACUCCAUGGGGGAAGCUAUUGCUUUUAUCAACAAGCAGCAAAACCCUCUGGCCGUCUAUGUUUUUGCUACAAACAGUAAGGUGGUGAAUGAAAUGUUGCAGAAAACCAGUAGUGGUGGCUUCUGUUCCAAUGAUAACCUGGUGCAAAUGAUUCUCAACACGUUGCCCUUUGGAGGGAUUGGCUACAGCGGGAUCGGCGCGUACCACGGCAAGUUCAGCUUCGACACCUUCUCCCACAAGCGGGCCUGCGUGUUGAAGAGCGCUGGGCUGGAAAAGCUGCACUCUGCCCGCUACCCUCCCUACACCCAGCAGAAACUCAGCUGGCUCCUGUGGGCCACCCAAGUCAGGAAGCGAGACUGCAGCUGUUGCCUGCUGUAG